GCACUUCUAUAAAUAUGCAUCUAUAUCUUCCUCUUCCUUAAGCCAAUACAUCACAAACAAUAUAUCUUACAAGAGAGAUCAGACAAGUACUCAAACGAAAAGCGAGCGAGGAUGGCAUCUGAGCAAUGUGAGGGCAGUGAAGGUAAGUAUGUAUGGCCUGAGCUGUUGGGAUCCAAGGGUACCGUUGCGAAGGCAACAAUUAAGAGGGAGAAUUCCACUGUCAAGGUUGAGAUCGUGGUAGAAGGAACCAUUGUACCAGCAGAUUUGCGAUGUGUAGCUGAUAGGGUUCGUGUUUGGGUCGAUACAGAUGGCUUUGUUACUAGGGUGCCUAUCAUUGGUUAACUUAAUUAUAUCCAAAUAUAUAUUGGGUUCUUGUAAUCCUAUGUCUGUACUUUCUCUAAUGCAAAUAAGGAGUCGUAGUAUUCUCCAUGCAUUGAAACUUUCUUCCGUGUACUCCUAUAUGAAGCUCAAUAUGUAGGAUUCAAGUUGUUUUGGUA